AUGACAUCUGAUUUUCUAACCUGCGUAAUUUGUGGACAAAUCGGUCAGGGCAACCAUUUUGGAGUUUUCAGUUGUAGAGCAUGUGCGGCAUUUUUUAGAAGAGCCGCUGACUCAAAAUGGAGCACUAUGAAAUGUAUGAGUAAGCACUGUGAUGGAAAAUCAUACCACUGCAAACCAUGUCGUCUAAAAAGAUGUCAUACCGCCGGAAUGGAUAUUUCAAGAUUCCAACACGACCGAGACGGGCGUCAGUUGGUUCCAAUUAACCGGAAAAGGAAAAUCCCAGAAACUGUUGAAUCGAUUUUGGGAAAACCCAAUUUUAUACAUCCCUCGGAUCCAACUCCAACAUUUCGGCCAUAUGUAGACCUGAGUGCUCUGAUUGCUCAGGCUAUGGAUAUUCUACGAAAAGGACCUCCGACUCCGAUAAUUGCAAAAAAUCAUUUGAAAAAAUUAAAUUUCGCCGAGAGUUGUAUGAGGAGAACGGAAAAUCAAAGGAAAAUGGAGCUGAUCACCAAAAAAGAAGUGAUGAGUUUUUGGGAAUAUAAUUUGUUAACCACUGCUAAAUGGUUGACCCAUUUUAACAAGUUCCAAGAGUUGGAUCAUGAAAUGAAGAUAAAAAUCUUAUUCGCAGUCUGGCAUGUCUGGGGAAGGUUGGACAAAUUGGUAAGGACAGCGUUGUACAGAAUUCGAAACAAAAAGGCUAAAAAAGUGGAUCGACUAGCUGGAAAUGGUAUUAUCACGGAUAUGAUUGAUGUGAAAACGGAUUCUGAAUGGAUGAGUAAUUAUCCGAUUCAGAAGUUGAGAUAG